AUGUUCUCCUUCCGGGAGGCCUUGGCAGAAGACCAAUUUCCAACUGUGUGCCCAAGUGGCGAGAAUGAGAUCGAUCCCAGUGAUGGUUGGGACCUGGAUUUCUGCGUGGAGGAAGCGGUGCGGCCUGAGCUGCGACUGUACUGCGGAACACGCCCUGACGUGACGCUGAGCUGUAACGGUGGUCGCAAGCUCCUCGCCCAUCGGCGUGUCCUCUCAGAGGUCAGCUACUUCGAAUCGCUGUUUGAAGGCAACUUCGCAGAACGUGGAACUGACCUCGUGCAGGUGGAAGAGGACUUGGAGAUUUUCUUGGAAGUCAUUCGUUGGAUCUACUGCCGCAGCGCAACCAGUGACAAGGACAUGGCAUUGGAUCUGCUACGCUUGGCAGAGUUUUAUGGCAUUGAUGGCCUGAUAGAUCAUGCAGCUCGUGUGCUUGCAUCACCAGCUGUGGGUGUUGAUGACACGGUUUCGGAGCCAGACUCAGGGCCUGGCGCUGACGGACAGGACACUGCCGGGCUGCCGCGGACAAAAGCUCUUCGAUUCGGCGACUGA